AUGCCGCCACGUCCAAGAUACACCUGCACGGCAUGCUCGCUGCGCCGGCAGAAAUGCGACCGGCAGCUGCCCUGUGAACGCUGCGUCAAACGAGGCGAGCCUGACCGGUGCACUCGUCAGUGGCCCGACGACAAGUACGAUCCAUCCGUCCAUCGGGUUUACCCACGAGCACGAUCACGGGCUUAUAAGAAGCGGAGGAGCACAGGACAUGCUUCCGCCCUUCCUCCAUCUUCCGUGACUGACGAACCCGAUUCUGCUCCCCUCGAAGGCAUAGAAACGGCUGCGGCAGAGCGAGAACCGGAACCAGAAUCGGAACCAGACCGUGCGGGCAUCGGUUGGACAGGUUGGGACGGAGCGAACGGUUCACCUCGUCUGCAGUAUUCCUUCCGGCCAUAUAGACCCAAAACCUUACGAUGGCCUGUUGCUUCUCAAGAUAGGGAACAUGCCACCUCCCAAAGUCAAUGGGUUUCGACGGCAAAAAUCGGGUUCAGCUCGGCGGCCGACGCUCAGGAGGCAUUCCUCCAAAUGCUUCUUCCUGAUAUCGACAUCAUCUGGAAACUGGUCGACUACCACGAAUUGUCCCUGCUCUGGUACCACGGAUGUUAUCACGGCCCAACAUUACGGUGGGAGCUACACAGCCUUUUGAGCUCACAGGAACCAUCCGACUCGCUUGUGAUCAAAGGAUUGGACCUUCAAUGGCUAGCUUUGCUGUUCGCUAUCAUGGCCGGCAGCUUAACGUGUGCAACGUCGCUCCAACGUGAGCAAUGGGGCUUCUCCAGAAUGGAGGCGAUCACGCUGAAAAGCCAGUGGUAUCAAGCGACCAUUACAUGUUUAAAUCAGGCCAAAUAUACCAGCAACCACAGUGUCUAUUCGUUACACGCCAUCACAACGCUCACCAUGUCCGCCCAUUGCAACGAGCGGCCUUCCGAACUGUCGGUCCUGUUAGGGAGUGCCCUCAAGAUCGCCCAAAGUUUAGGGUUGGACCAGCUCUGCCGCAAUCCGACAUUGGAGCAGAUUUUGCCGACAACGUCCGAAGAGAAACGACAUGCCUUGUUGCGCAUCGAGGUAGGUCGGAGACUAUGGUCGCACCUAUGCAUCCAGGAUUGGAUGUCGUUGCCGUUCACCGAAAGCCACUGCAUCAACCCGUUGCAUUUCACCACCACCAAACCGUCCAGUCGCAGCCAUUUGACCAUGGAUCCCAUCCCGGCGACGUUUCCGACGUACAUCAGUUAUGGCAAUUAUCUGUUUGAGAUUGCCAAACUCAUGGUCGCCCACCACGAGGCCAUGCUGCGGGCGACGACGCCCUUCACCAAAUACGAACAUGUUUUGGACUUUGACCAAAGGAUGCGCACGCUGGCCACCCAAGGCAUGCCCCGGUAUUUCCAUGUCGUCGAACCCAUCGACCCGGCCUGGCCCGAGUGGGUACCCUGGGCCCGCCGCAGCUUGACCGUCUGCUUUGCCCACAAGAUCAUCAUGAUCCAUCGACAAUUCAUUCGGCACAGCUUCACCAACCCGGCUUACUCCAUCACCCGCGUGACGUGCGUUGCUGCGGCCAAAACAAUACUGAACGAAGCAAAACAAACGGACGACAAGGACGGUCCCCUCAUCUGGGUGGACAAGGCAUUCUGCGUGGUGGCCGCAAUCAUCUUGUGUUUGGACAUGUUUCAACGUCGAUCGCCGUCAGACCCCGAAUACCAAACCCACUUUGGUUUGGUGGAAGAAUGCAUCACCCUCUUGAUGGGAGAUGGCUACAGCAUCGUCCACUCUGCCGGUAUGAGGCUGUUGUGCGCCCUACUGAAGGAACUCGAACUGAAGCCAUCAACCCCACUCUGGCCUCCGCGAAUCGUCAAAAUGUCCGACAUUUUCAAAGGCAUCGUCUGCGGCCGGGAAUAUCCGACGGUUGCGCGGGAAAUGGACGCGCGAGACGAUAGGAUGCCAAUCAUGCCGGAAAUUUUGCCGCCUCAAGCGGGCUUUUGCAAUCGCUUCUUGCUGAAGGAGCUGCUUGAGCCUUUGGUUUUCGUCACCCGGCCUGCUACGGCAGAGAUAGGUGCGGAAACAUAUGCUGACGGCGAGGGAACGCACUUUGUAUAG